UAUUUAGUUUAGCCUCUAUGAGUACGUGACAAAUAUCCUAACUAACUAAAAUUCUGAGAGUUUGUUAUUUCCCAUAACUAAUUGAAUCUUUGCGCUAAAACUCGUAUAUACUCCAAUGGAUAAAGAGAAAAUAGAAGUAACAAGUGCGGAGCAGUCGUCGAAAGGAGAGAGAAUCAAGAAAAUGAAGAGAGGAAGAGAAGAUGAUCAAGGUAGCGAUGGAGAAGAACUUAAUCCAGUAAUUCCUGCUCAACUUCAUCAAUCGAUAAGGCGGAGGUCCUCCUGGAAAAUUCCACCUCCUAAUCGGUGGAAGGUAAAUACAUAUGGUGGGGCGAGUUCAUAUGGAUACUGUAUUCGGGGUUCGUAUUGCGAGUUGGUUGCAUGUGGUGUUAAGUGGAUGCCCUUGGAGGAGGUGGUUGGGUGGAGUAAGGAAUUGAUGGAAGCAGAGGCCUCAUACUAUGGGUUACAGAAAGCCUUGGAAUUCGGUUACAGGAAUGUGAUUGCUGAAUGUUCAUGUCUUCCAUUUCUUACAAAGAUAAAAGAGAGGGUGAUGAGACAAGACGACCUGGGGAUUGCAGAAGUUGUUACAGAGGACCUGAGGAUUCCAGAAGUUGUUACUAAAAUUCUUCAGUUGCGAAGCCGGUUUGAUGCUUUAACCGUGUCUUGUGUUAAACCCGAUGGAAAUUCUGUAGCUUAUGAAAUGUCAAAGCUUACUGUUGAUGGAUGGAAAACUGGACGUGAGCUUUAUUGGUUAAUCAACUUUCCUAAAGUUGCCUCUGAUGCUGCUUCUUGGGAUGUAAGGUGUUCCCUUGACAAUCAAUGGCAGGAGAGUCUUGAAAAAGAGAUCACCCAUGUAGAAUUACAAGCACCGACAAUGUCAUCAAGAACUGGAGAAGCUUCUUCUCCAGAUGAAAACACCGCUGAGAGCAAGAAGAAUCCAGGAGCAGCUUCAAUAGCAUCGCCUGACUCGGACACAAUUCCAUAAAUAACAUGCUUAUUCCAAGUAUACAUUCUAGCUUUAAUGUCAUACUGCAACUAUAACUUUCAACUAGAUCUGUGUAUUGUUUGACAGCCAAGUUUAUGCAUCUGCUUCAGCCUUCAGAGGAGUAGUAAUGUAGAUAAAUGCAGAAUAAUUAGCAUCAGUAGUUACUAGCUAGCUAGUAUGGCUAUUACGUUACCAGUAUACUUUGUUCUAGCUAGCUCAUUCUAGUUGUUGGUUUGUUAGAACUUAGAACAAUAAAAGUAGCUGUGCAAUGUUUCUACAUGCACUUUGGUUUUGUAUUUGUCGGUCUAUCAGACUUUGCUAUAUGGUUCUUCUAAUUGCAGGAUCAAAUUUAAGUCCGACUUUUACGA